GAGAAGUUGACGCGUAUUUGGCGUCGUUUUGAUAAAAAUGCGGAUAUUAGUUUAAAUUUGUGUGUUUCGGUGCGUUAUUUUAGUGCGUGAGUGGCCCUAUGUUUCUCUGAAUGUAAAAUAACGGCAAUAUAGCGACAGGGUUAGGGCUUUAAAGGAAGGUCUAGAACGAGACUGAUGAACAGGGCGAUUGGCAACAAAGUAAGAUUCUAAAAAACGCGAUGCCAAAGUGAUUUCAAAUGUCUACAAAAAGAUCAAAGAUUUAAGGUCUUUGGAAGCCAAUCCUUUAAAGAAAAAACGAAGAAAAAAACAUGUUGAAGAAGUUCCGGCCAUUGAAGAAUGUCCGUCCAUGCCUGUGACCCCAUCUUUUGGUACACGACAAAAAUUGCAAUAUCAACCCCAAACCAUGGUUAGUAACGUAUGUGAUGGGAUGAGAAACAAAACAGAAUAUAUUAACCCUAAAGCAGUGAAAACAAAAAAACUUAGGGAAACACCCAAAUAUAAAAGGAUAAUAAAGGCUUGCAAAAAAGAAAUUAUUGAAUUGAUAGAACCUACACCAAAAAAAGGCACACCCAAACUUCAAACUGCUUCAGCCGAAUUUAAAGGUGAAGUAAAGGUGCAACCUAAAAUGGCCACCCCUAGCCCUAGCUUUUUAAUACCCCCCACCGAAAGUGUAUUAAUGAAAAUGAAGCCGCGUACUGGACCUAUGAUAAGACAAUACGAGUCUAAAAAUAGUGUGACCAAAUUUGAUGGUAUGAAUGAUUAUUCCUCAUUUGACUUGGUUUCAACAAAAACUCCUAGACCUGCCGAAAAAAUAUACGCCCAAAUGGAAAAAGAAUAUCUUACCAAUGAAUUUAAACUGGAGCAGGAGAAACUAUCGAAAGAAGAAAAACAGGAAAUAAAAAAGAAACUAAAAAGUUUAAAGGAAGAUAUGAUAAGCAUAAGAGAUAAUUCAAUUUCUAUGAAAAUACAAUCAAGAAUGGAAGAAAGGGCAUUAAAAAAGAAAUCAGAAUCAGUAAAAUCUGAGAAAAAGCAGGAAAUUAUGUUAAUAGAAAAAAAAUACAGCGAUUCUUUGCCUAUAGAUGAAAAAAUGUUAACGUUACAAGUAGCAGAUAUUUCGAUGAAGAGAGAAAAAGACACAUCUGCGGUUGAUGAUUCCACUUCUGCACCUUCAAAAUCGCACACUGUUAUACAUGAUAAAUCAACUCUUCCAUGGGAUGCCUCUCAUUACCAAAAAGACGAUACAGGCUAUUCUUCUGGGAUAGGAUUUUCCUUGACAUCGACGUUGGAAAGGUCAGGUCUUCACCCCAUGAUACAUGAAUCUGUUGCAACCAUAAGGAAUACUCUCAUUGACCCGUCCGUCCCAGAACCCGUCACACCCCCCGAGCCCGAACCCACCACCAUUCAACCUGCAACACUGAGUCCAAUUUCCGAAGAAAAAGAAAUUAAAUCUCAAUUUUUCACUGGCGGUGAAGGAAAAACUACAUUUACAAUAGGAAAAACUUCAACUACAAAAAUGGAUGAAGAGGAAGUUGUAGACGCUACCAUGGGCAAAACAACUAUUCAAAAGAAGGACAAAUCUACGAAAGAAAAAGAGACCACCAAAGGAAAUCAAGACGGAAAAGAUAAAAAAGAUACUCCCAACGAAAAGAAAGAUGGUGAAAAAGGGGGUGAUGAUGACAAGGAUAAGGACAAAGAUGAUGAUAUGGAAGAUUUUAAGGAUGAAAAUGCCAUAGAAACCUAUUUAACUAAACAAUUUAGAAAGAAAGUUUCACAGAUUUCAGCCACAACUUCUUAUAACCCCAGGGAUACAUAUGUGUGUCCCCAAAUUAUGUUGACCGACUCUGAAAUAUUAGGCCAAGCUAAUUUCGACAAGCUAACACAAAAAUAUGGCCCCAUUGAGGAAGCACCUGUGAAGAAGAAAUUUGCCAGAGGCACCUUACAAAGUCAUUCGUUUACAAAACUAACGCAGACUUUUAUAAAGGAUUUCUACUUUGGAUCAAAAGCAGGGACCAUGCACAAAUUCGAUGAAAAUUUAAAAGUUAACGGAAAGCAAGGUAUUUGUAUACCCAUAGCUGCAUAUUGCUACGCUUUUUUGAAACAUCCCAUAAAGUGGCAGACAGAAGAGAUUGAUGAAAUUAUGGUGUGUGGGACAAAUCUUUAUAAAGAAAGCAGGAAUAAUUUUAAAAUUGAAGAUGAAAGGGAGUUGACUUAUCAAGAAAUGGAGAGAUAUUGCUUUUAUGGUAAUAAAAAAAUUAGAUUCAUAGUAGACGAGCCUAUUGUCUCUGGGUUUAUAUUUUCCGGAGACAAAACGAUCUUCAAUUUAACUAAAGCAUUGCACAUAUUUUUCUCGAACCAAACUGCAGGAAUUCUGGUGUCAAACGAUGUACAUAUCGCAAUCUGGAAGGACAAUUAUUUUUAUAUGUUUGACGGGGUUCAUCGUACCAAAGAUAUGUACGUUAUCGAUUCUGGAGUGGCUAAUGUAGCGAAUUUUUAUGACAUUAAUGGUCUCGUUACCAUAUUACUGCAAAGAUCUGGUUAUGGGAACUGGCCUUUUGUCAUACAUGGUGUCCGAGUCAUCAAAGUCUAUGAUAGAUAUGUAGACUAUAAGGUGGAUGAGCUAGAUUUUGACAAUGAAAGAGAUAAUUAUAACAUAAUUAGCGAAGAAAAGGCUGUUUUACUGGGCUCGUACCACUUGGCAGAUCUUUGUUUUAAAUACAUGCGGAACAGACAAGCUGUGGCUGUAUGUUGCAUGGCCUUAAUUUAUUCUAGAUUAACCCCAGCAGGGGCCUGGACCAGAGUAACAUUGGACAAAAUAAUGACCCUAGGCACGAAAAUUUGCUACGAAUGUCUGAAAUGUGCCGACUCUGAACCUCUGCAGCUGGAAAAAAUGCCUGCCUAUUUGGCUAUAGGCCCAUACAUCAUAGAAAUAUACAUCCACAAAAAUAUGUUUUGUGACAGCAUAUUCAAAAGAUGUCGUUGUCAAAUUCAGGUCGAUAUCGAGGAAUUUUUUGAAACCAGCACAAACGGUUUAUUGGUUAUUGAAAAAUACAUGAUGGCGAUUUUUAAGCAAAGAAGCAAAUUUUUCCUGUAUGAUCCUUAUAGCAGAAAUUUUGAAGCAACCGUAUGCAGAGAUGGUGCAUCUUGCUUAUCCAUGCAUACAAACAUCACCUCCAUGGUGAAAACAAUUCUGGCCAAUCACGAUCCAACCCAGGAAAUAAUAUUCCACAUACACGCUUUGAAAGUUUGCAAGAUUAUAAGGGAUCCCAGUAAAUUAAAGCAAUUCCCGAAAUGCAUCAGAAUGAACGAUUUGAAAAUUGAUGCUUUCAAAGGGAAAAUGUCGCUGGGCAAAAAGAGAGCAGUCGAUAAAAGGAUAGCAGUGGAUAUAAGCAAAAUGGCAACAACAACGCCUUUUUUGAAUGAAGAAGAAAUAUCAGUAUACCAGAUGGGUUUGGGUGUGGAGUCCUUUAUAAUGGAGGAAAUUCCAGCUUUUCCUAACAAACUAACCGUAAAACAAAUGGCAGAAUUAACCAAACAAACUUGUAUUAAGGAAGAAAUCGAAAGAGCCUCUCCCGAUCCUGAAGAAAUUAUAGAUUUAGAUUCACCUAGUUUAUCUGAUACACAGCUUCCAGAAAAACCACUCGAAGACUCUGAAGACGAAGUCGAGCUGGAAUUUAUGGACUUGUGCUCUUUCGACUUGACCAUGGACGAGGUUAUUUUGGAGCCCAGUUUCGAGGCUGAGGCCCCGGAAGGCUUCCAAUUUACUUCCAGGAAAGAUGCAGAGAAGCAAGCACUUGAUGAGACUACCAAACGCGGAGCAAAGGGUUCUGUUGAUGGUAAAAUUGGUGCUGGAGAUUCAGGUUCUGUGUUAAGUGAUUAUGCCAAGAGGAUCCAAUCUUUGUGCAGAGGCUCGAAGUUCGACAUAUCCGGGUAUCCGAUAGAGAUUGGCGAGGACGGCGAAGACCCUUACUUGGACCAAAAAGGCAUGAUGCCUCCGAUCUUCGAGGGCUACGAACUGGACGGCGAGGGCAUGGACGACGACACGUGGUUCUGGGCGCAGGCCAGAUGGGCUCAAGUGCACACCGAAUCUCUCGAGAUAGCCUACAUCGGCCGCAUCUCGGAGAUGGUGAACACCGAAUUGACCGCCUUCCCUACCGACCCGGAAAAGCUGUAUCCCACCUUCAUAAGAGACAGGAUCGAUGGGAAGAGGGGUCGCCCAAUAAGCCCUGAGGGUUUCGAAGAAGGCAGCGAAGAGAUACAAAAUCAGGAGACCGAACUGUUGCAACUCACAAACUUCAAAGUUACUCCGGACAGCAGUCAACUGGUAAGAGGUUCCAUCAACGUGGCAGAUUUGGGUGGUGAAAUCGAAUAUGCAGCCCCGUUUAUUUGUGUAAUGGCUGCCACCGUAGCAAAAAAAUAUACACUUGGAACAUGGUCGGCCGAUAUAGUGGAUUAUGUUUUGAGAUGCGGAAAAAGUUUAUACGAUAAUUCGCCUGUUAGAUAUGACCAGGUCACGAAACUGGAUAUACCUAAAAUCACUCUGGGUUCUACAGAUUUCAAAGUGUCAAUAAACUACGUUUUCGAUAGCUAUAUGAAGCAAAAAAUGGUUGAAAUGGCCAUGUCUAAAAUUUUGCUGUCGCAACACGAUAUGGGCAUUCUAGUUACACCAACUUACGCUUGCACCAUAAUGUACAAAAAAUUUUUGUUUUAUCUCUAUGAUCCAUUUGGUAACAAUGAGGUUGGAAUGGGCGACGGGUCAAACAAUAAAGGUACCGGCUGCAUUAUGAGAUUUCUAAACCUGCGCGACCUAGUGAGAAGGAUAAUGCACAACAAAAAAAGACGCGAAAUGACCGACCAAGUCGAAUAUUGCAGGUUCGUUCUGAGCUCAAUCGACGUUAAAAGACUACCGAGAGAUGAAUGCUCGAAGCGCAAGAAAAAAGUUGAACAUCAAGAAGGAGAGGAAGGAGAAGAUGCCAUACCUAAGGAUUACGAGCAGGAGGGCGAAGGCUAUGAGGGGGAGGAGGAAGGGGAAGAAAAGAAGGAGGAAGAAGCUCCACAACCGAAGAUACAAGUGGGAUACAAAUAUAAGAAGGGUCUAUGGGUCAUAGAAGGCACAACAGUUUUGGAAGGUCGCACCGACGUCCAAAUGGACUUAAAAAAUGAUCAUUUUAUAUGUCUCUGUGCUCUUUUGAUGGCAAUAACGUGUCCCGUUAUAAAAUGGAACACCACCAAAGUAGACGCGGUUUUUGACCACGGCAAUCACAUCUACAACCAUGCAGACGACAAAAAGGUCUCGAAUAGACGUACCAUCAAGAACAUACUAAUUGGAAAAAACUUUUUCGAUAUAAUCGUCAAGAAAAUCAGCAUUGACGCCCAAGUGUUGAACACGAGCAUAAAAACCGGCGUCGGUACUUUACUGUCGUGGAAAAUGAACUGCUUCCUGGUGCAAUUCCCAUGCGCGUGUUACUGCGUGUUUAAAUCCGACGAGUUCUACCACCUUUUCGACCCGUACGGCCCCAUAAACUUCAAAAAGAAGAAACGAAAAUACAAGGCGGGGUGGGUUAGAUGCCAGACCUUGGAGAAACUGCAGAAGCGCUUGCACAGAAUCGGGAGGUUUCAGAAAGUUCAAAAUUACACGUUCUACUCCUUCGAGGUUACGUCUAUUAGGAGGGCUCCCAAAGAAAUUUCGCUCAGGCAGAGGUUGCACUGUAUUUGCACUGCUGAUGAUAAGAAACGUAAAGAUGACGGUGAAAAACUUGGUAAACCUUUCAAUGAAGACCCAGAAUGGCUUAUGGUCGACCCCAUACCUUGGUCCCGAAUGGUUCAGAGAGCACCCACUGGAUACCAGCGAGGCUGCGCUGAAAACAUGUGGAACAACUGGGAUGUCGAGUAUCCCAAAGACUUGUACUCCAUGAUAUCCACAAUUUCCGGAUACGAUGAAUGGAUUCCCGAGGAAAGACGGGGCAAGGGAGUGCUGUUUAACUUGGUGGUGGCCAUUGCAAUGAUGGAGAUAUACGACUUAAACGACUGGAACCCUGCAGUUUUAAACUCGAUUCUUGUCAACGGCGAUGAUUACUUCAAACAGUGUCUGGAAGAACUAAAUCUGGAUGAUGACACUAGAAACUACGACUUGUCGGUGGACGAUUUAAAAGAAGUCGGGACCAUUUUCCCGUACCAAUUCAAUGUUGCCGUCACUGGCGCAUCUGAAGGGACCAUGUUCAUGAUCAAGGAUAACAGAUUCAACCUGCAUAAUGCCUUGAGGUGUUUCUUUCAAAGUACUUCGAGGCGCAUGGGCAUCAUUUACGCGGACGGUGAAGAUGGCGCCACCGUGAAAAAUCUCGCUUUCGGUAAAACGAAAAACAGAGAGUAUUUCGUUUUCGACGCCGAUACCAGAGACGUGCCGAUGUUCAUUAAAAACAAAGGUAAAGCUUACAUUUUGAGGAUGACGACUAUAAACAGGCUCACGCAUGUGCUAGCGUUAACUCUACGAGGCGGUGGAUUUUAUAUUUUCGAUGUAACCAUCACCGAUUUAAAACCAAUGGAGUAAUACUGAAUUGUGUUGUAUCGUGUAUUGUUUAAAGUGAAUAAUAAAGAACGUCCUAG